AGGCAUGCACCUAGAAAACUGUUACUGGUCAGUUACUUUCCAUGAGGAGAGGAUAAAUAGACAACAGUUAUUACUGGUAAAACAAUACGGGAAUACUUCAAAAUGAAGAGGUUUUCUAUACUUGCGUUAUUGAUGCUGGUCGGAAGCUUAAAUGCUGCAACUUCACCUGCUCUGAGGAUAAUGGGCGGUACAAUAACUAACAUAGAAUAUUUCCCCUUUGUGACAUCACUGCUUCGUUCUUCAGAUUUUGUUAAUUAUUUUCAAACAUGUGCUGGUUCUAUUCUAACGAAGAAAGCUAUACUUACCGCGGCACAUUGCUUUGCUGGUGAACAACCAAGCCGAUGGCGAAUUCGUGCAGGAUCCUCAUGGGCAAACAGUAGAGGCACUGUCUACACUGUCAGUCAAAUCGUUAUCCACCCCAACUAUAACUCCUGGAACUACGACAGUGACAUCGCCAUACUUAAAACCGCCUCAAACAUCGCCCUUGGGGGUUCCGUCAGCAUUGGCUCCAUUGCUGGUGCUAACUAUAAACUGGCUGAUAAUCAGGCUGUAUGGGCUGUUGGAUGGGGAGCAACUUCUUACGGUGGCCCAAAGUCGGAACAACUGCGACGCGUCCAAAUCUGGUCUAUUAACCAAAAUGUUUGCAGGAGUCGUUACGCUGAAUUAGGUCGUACAGUAACCACAAACAUGGUUUGCUCUGGAUGGAUAGACGUCGGUGGUCGAGACCAGUGCCAAGAUGAUGCUGGAGGUCCCCUUCUACACAAUAACGUUAUAGUAGGAGUGAGUUCUUGGGGUCACCAAUGCGGUCUCGCUCGGUAUCCUGGAGUAAAUACUCGCGUUUCUAACUUCACCAGCUGGAUUGGAAGCAAUGCUUAGGACUCAGUUUUUCGGUUCUUGGAUAUAUUUCCCAACGUUAUUGGCAUAAUUUUUAAUAAUCUUACCUGUAUAAGUAAGCUCAUUUCAGAGAGUUUAAUUUUAUCCAUGAUCACAUGUCAGUAUACGUAUGUGUAUACAGAAAUUUUUGGAGGUCGUUGGUACUCGCGUCCGUAGGAUUUACCGAAAUUAGGUUUUAACCCUUGUUACCCUACACGUGGCUCCUGGGUGGUGCUAAAAGAGUAUCAUUUUCUUAGGUGGUAGGCUUCGGCCGUGGCUAGAAUUACCACCCUGCGAGCAAAACCGCGCCGCAAAAUGACUGAUUGUGUCAGUUGACUGAUGCGAUUUGUCGUGUUCCGGAACGAUGCUCGUAGUAGCUUAUCUAAAGGUGAUGGGAAUGUACAGUUGCGUUGCGUUUAAUGACAGGAUCCGAUCCACGGGGUAACUACACUGGACGCCUCAAUUUGGAGGCUAGCGGGAUCCGAAGCACGGUGCACCGCUGGCCGACCGCAGGUAGUAGGGGGCCCAACUAGUAGAUUCGUCACCUAUGAAAGGCUGCCCCGCCAACUAGCGAAAAAUCCUGGGAUGGCUUCCAUCGCGCUGGUUGACGACCAGAGAGAGGACCCGAUGGUGAUUCCCAGGGGGGUUCGGGCGUCCCCGCAGUCUCCAGUGGAGUCUUCCUUUUAGUGUGGUAUCUUCGUGGAUUGAGGAGUCUUCAAACGUCGCGCCUCGUACAACUGCCACCCCCUUUCCUAUUCACCCUUUACAUCAAAUGACACGCAAAAUGAAGAAAAGUAAGUAUACACAGCGGUUGCACCUCCUCUCCUCAAAAGUGCAUUUCUCAAAUAUAAGAGGAAUGCACUCUAAUCUCACUGCAGGUACUAAAAAGAGCUCGUUUUAGUCGCACCAUACGUUUCGGGGCCAUAUUAGCUUCUAAUCCACGUAGUAGUACAGCUUUUUGGUCCCUUUCGAAGUCCAUCGAAACCAAUUUUUGCCGUCCUUCGCUGCCACCCCUUUUGAAACCUGACGGGUCUCUGGCUUUUAAUGCAACAGAUAAAGCUAACCUCUUAGGAUCUCUGUUUGCAGCUAAUUCACAGCUAGAUUCAGGAAGUGCCUCACCACCAACCAUACCUUUUUGUGACUCUGUCAUGCCAGAGAUACGCAUUCGACAGUGUGAGGUUUUAAAAGUGCUCUGCAAUCUGGAUGUGAAUAAAGCCAGUGGUCCAGACGGAAUUCCAGCAGUGGUUCUUAAAAGCUGUGCUCCUGAAUUGUCUCCUAUUCUAACACGUUUAUACCGCCUCUCCCUCAAAACCACUCAGGUCCCGACAGCUUGGAAGAUUGCCAACGUGCAACCUGUACCAAAAAAGGGUAGCCAUGCCGACCCAUCUAACUACAGACCAAUUGCUAUCACCUCUUUACUAUGCAAAAGUCUGGAGCGUGUACUUAAUAACAGACUUCUGGCAUACCUCAAAAACAACGAACUCCUCCGUCAGUACGGUUUUCGACGGUCAACAGGGGAUCUUUUAGUGUAUGCCACGCACAUGUGGGGUGAAGCCAUGGAAAAGCACGGGGAAGCGCUCGCCGUUUCACUCGAUGUAUCGAAAGCUUUUGACCGUGUCUGGCAUGAAAGUCUUCUACACAAGCUUCCAGCCUACGGGUUACCCAUUAGUUUUUGCAACUGGAUCG